AAAAUGUUAAGGGAAAAAAAAAAAAAAACAACAAUGACAGUGCACAACAGGACACACCUCACCGCCAUUCGCAAACCACUCCAACUGUCCCGGACCCCUUAAGACCCGACCCAUUUCCUGUUUUCGGCUCCUCUAUCACACCCUACAAAAGUUUUUCAAGACAAAAAUCAAUUGGAGAUUGAAAAAUGUAUUCUGCUAUGCCCAUACACAGUUUGGCAUUGGAUGGGAGUGGAAGGGAGUAUCCAUUUGAUGGCGCCAACUUGGUUGGGGAUCCAUGUGUAGUUCUCACGACGGAUCCGAAGCCCCGACUCCGGUGGACUUCGGAGCUUCAUGAAAGAUUUGUUGAUGCUGUCACUCAGCUUGGUGGACCGGACAAAGCAACCCCAAAAAUGAUAAUGAGAACAAUGGGAGUGAAAGGUCUGACGUUGUACCACUUGAAGUCGCAUCUUCAGAAAUACCGAUUGGGAAAGCAAGCUAACAAGGAGUUAACUGACAACUCUAAAGAUGCAUCUUGUGGUGCUGAGAGUCAGGAUACUGGUUCAUCUACAUCAGCUUCAUCGAGAAUAAUGUCACAAGAUAUAAAUGAUGGUUACCAGGUUACUGAGGCUUUACGAGUACAGAUGGAAGUUCAGAGAAGACUGCACGAGCAGCUGGAGGUGCAGCGUCAUCUUCAGAUCCGAAUAGAAGCACAGGGAAAGUAUCUGCAGUCAAUUCUUGAUAAAGCUUGUAAAGCUCUUAGAGUUGAGGACAUGGGCUCUGCAGGGCUAGAAACUGCUAGGGAAGAAUUCUCUAAACUCGCCAUCAAAGUUGGUAGUGAAUGUGACGGGAUUACCUCGCUGCCUUCCAAUGGCAAGGGCAUGGUGUUGAAUGGAAGUCUUGUUACCCUCGCACCACAGGCUGUUGCACUGAAAAAAAGACCACGGACUUUCUUUGGUAGUGGAGACCCAUCGCCGUUUGAAGGCAAUAUGCAGGCAGCCGAGUGGACGACGGCGAAUACUGGAUGACUUUAGCAGACAUUUCCUUUUUAUUUGUGCGUUCGAUUGAACUAAAUGAUUGAGCAAUGUUGUAAACUGUAGUGUCAGUUGUUUGUAUAUUCUUGAAGUUGAUUUACAUGGGUCAAGAAACUUCAAAGUGAUUUUCAUUAUUCUCUUGUAUUUGCCAUUUAUAAUGUAAUUUAAACCUUCCUUUCAGCCCA